AUGAAAAGAGAAAAAGCAUUCUCUUCGGUAUCCUGAUUUGAAAGAAACGAUGCAUACUUUAUUACACUUAAUCGUCCAUCAUCAUUGAAUUCUAUAUCGCUUGAAAUGUAUCGCUUUAUAUUUGAUUUAGCUCAUCAAGCUUCUAAUGAGAAAAAGCAUAUGGUAUUUUCAGGGGAAGGAAGAGCUUUUAGUUCAGGAGGAGAUAUUAUUGCUUUAGCAAAUCAAACCGAUAGCCCAGAAGAAGUAUUUACUACUCAAUUUAAUCUAAUUUAUUUCCUAAAGCAAAUGAAAACGAUUAGAGUUGCAAUAAUGGACGGAAUCACUUUUGGAGGUGGAGCUGGAAUUGCUUGAAGCUGCUCUAUAAAAGUGGCUACUCCAAAUACACGUUGGGCAAUGCCUGAAUGCCCUAUUGGGUUAAUACCUAUUGUAGGGGCUUCUCAUUACUUUGCUAAUACAAACCCUCCCGAGUUAGGAUUGUAUUUAUCACUAACAGGAGAAAUUCUCAAUGGGGUUGAUUGCUAUUUAUUUGGCUUUGCCAAUUACUUUAUUGAAGCUAAUAUUGAACUGGUUAGGGCUGAGAUGUGCAAUGGAAAUUUAAUUAAAACCUUGGAUAAAUUUCACGUAAACCCUCCAGAAACUUUAUCAAAAAUUCUUCCUGUUAUGAACCAAUUGAAAUACUGCUUUGAUACGAAUGGCAGGAUUGAGCUAAUUAUAUCAAAGCUAAGCCUUUUAAACACAGCUUGAAGUCUAAAAACACUUAAAAAGCUUAGAGAAAACUGCCCAUUAGCAUUAAGAAUCUCAUUUGAAGCUUUCCAAAUGGGGAAGUCUAUUUGCUUUAGGGAUUGCUUAAUCAUGGAAUUUAAUUUGGCAAUGAAAGUUAUUAGUAGAGAGGAUUUCAGAGGAGCAAUUACAGCAAAGAUGAUUAAAAAGUCACAAGAAAAAAUCAAAUGAAACCCAGAAACUUUGUGCGAAAUUGGAAAUUCAAAGAUGCAGGAAUGCUUUCAAGAUUACAAAGAAAAUAGUUUGAGAUUAAGAUUAAGAUUACGAUAACUCUUUGUAGACCCCCACUUAGCUUAGGAUCAAUCUAAACAAGCUCUUCCUUCAUGAAUUCCAUCCAAUAGCUAACAGCUCUGAACAAAGGUAGGUGGAAUCGGCCUAACCGUCGAACCGUUACAGUUGCCUAUGGCCCGGACGAGUCUCUCUUCAUGUCUUGAAUGUGAUUCAAGCACACACUUGGGGCUGCCGGAGCAGCCCCAACGCUAAUUUCCUUCAGAAAGGUUGAACUUCCCUCACUAGGACGAGCAUAGGGGACGAGACCCCUAACUCAUACAUUCCAUUUUUAAUUGUGAGAAAAAUAGUUUAAACCUUCCAAGACUUUAA